AUGUCUUCGUGGGUUUUCAGGAAAGCGCGACUGUUGACGAUAUCUCUUGAUGUUGAAAUCGCGAUAGCAAAAAAACCAGAAGCAGAAGACAUACGAGCAGACGUAGCAACGGCUAUCUCCAAUCAUCUCAACUACCAACGUCAACCAAGAUCAAAAGAAACAGAGUGGAUAAAAAGAGAUAUCGUCAACAGUCGCGCUUUCCUGAAAACCCACGAAGACAUUUACAUCACUCGGGCGGACAAGGGUAAUAAAACGGUCAUACUAUCAGCACAGGAAUACCGCCAAAAAAUGUCACUGCUGGUCUCGGACACCACCACAUACCAACAAGUGAAUUGUGAUCCAACUUCCAAAAUACUAAAACAACUCAACGCAAUUGUGGAAAAAUGGCACCAAGACCAACACAUCGACUACUUCACGAAAACCAAACUACAAACUUUCCACUGCCACCCGCCAAGAAUCUACGGCUUGCCGAAGAUUCACAAACCCGAACGUCCACUUCGGCCAGUGGUCUCCACAAUAGGUUCGGCUACCAAUAGCGUGGCGCGAUAUCUCACGGACAUUCUGAACAACAUCGUAGGUAAAACGGAAUAUCAUGUAAAAAACAGUUUCGUUUUUGCCGAAGACAUCUCGAAGGUCCGAAUCCCCGAAGGCUGCGUGAUGUUCUCUCUUGAUGUCGUAUCGCUAUACACCAAUGUUCCAGCAGAAAACGCGUAUGACUUCAUAGAGGACCAAUGGCACAGGCUGCGCAAGUACACAACACUCUCCCUUGCCUCCCUGCAACAAGCCCUAAGCGUUGUUCUCAAAUCCUCCUUUUUCAAAUACAACAACAACUACUACAAACAGAUACACGGUGUACCCAUGGGAUCAUCUAUAUCGGGAUGCAUCGCUUCGAUCUGCAUGGAAACAUUAGAACAAGGAUGCAUCGAACGUUUGAAACAAAAAAAUAUUUCGCUGAUUGUUUACAAACGCUACGUCGAUGAUUGUUUUGUAGUCGCCAAGGAAAAUGAUAUAGAUGCGAUUUUCGAGGAAUUUAACAACGCGCAUAAAACCCUCAAAUUUACGCUCGAGAAGGAGGAACAACAAACCAUUCGCUUCCUGGACAUGACUUUAUCUAGACAACAUGAUAAAAUUAUCAAAACAUGGUUCACAAAACAACCGGACGGACGAUACUUGGACUUCAAUUCGGAGAGCCCGUUCACGCACAAACAAAAUACAGUUUUCGCUCUUGUGGACCGCGCUCUAAAAUUAUCUGAUCCAGAAACCAGGAAGACAAGUAUCGAUGCGGUGAAAAACAUCCUCGGCAGAAACAAUUAUCCACAAGACAUACUACAUAACGCCUUCGAGAAAAGGACACAUGCAAUGUACAAUACACUACAAAACCAGAACCCCCCUGAAUCUACAUCUUCAAGAAUGGCAUCGAUCCCGUACAUACCCGGACUGAGCGAAAGGGUGGCCAGAAUCCUUCGCAAACAUGAUGUGAUUGCCGCCUUCAAACCAUGUGACAAAAUAAAGUCAACAGUUUUCACGAAAUUGAAAGACCCGAUCCCCAAAAUGAUGCAAACCAACGUCGUAUAUUCAGUACCAUGCAGCUGCGGUAAAGAAUAUAUCGGCCAAACGUCGCAAACCUUGGAAAAAAGGACCAAACAGCAUGAAAACAGCAUACGGGUGAAAAACAAACAAACUGGCCUAGCGCAACACGCACUGGAAGACGACGCUGACCACACGUUCGAUUUUGCGAAAACCCAAAUUCUGGAGAGGAUCAGCCACAAGUCGCAUAGGUUGAUUGCGGAAAAACUACACAUCAAACUGAGAGGGAACCAAUCGGUUAAUCUCCAGAUUGAUACGAAGGGAGUUUCAAAUGCCUACAACGGACUAUGGACCAAACUCAGAGAGGAGAGAGAACGAGAGAAUCCAAAAAACUCUGAUAAACCGACGUCCCGACGACAACCAGCAGCAACAGCAGCAAUAGACUUGACUUCCUUUCCAAUUUAA